AUGUCAACUACAGGACAAUACAAGACUCAGCAUAUCGCCGACAUCUUGAAUCAGCGUGCUAGCAAAGCUUGCAAUCGCUGUCGAGCCAAGAAGUCGAGGUGCUCCGGAGGAUACCCGUGCUCGAAAUGCAAGUCCUCAGACGCUCCAUGCAUCUUUGGAUAUUCCAAGGAAUCGAAACGUAAAAUUUUUCCCGAGCAUUAUGUGCGAACAUUGGAAACGCAACAGUUUAAGCUUGUGGCUGGGCUACAAACGAUGUAUUUCAUGCUUCUGGCCACAAACUCAUGGCCAGGCACGAGACUUCCAGAGCGCAGAGGCAACCCACUUGUUCAUGACCUGUUAGAUCGUCUUGGUCUGCUUGAACCUGGAACAAAGGAACAGAUCAUGAUGGAUAUGGACGAGAACGAG